AUAAAGAAAUAAUAAUACCUGUAGAAUGUCAACAUUUGAGUCAUGAACCUUUAAAAAAAGUACACUCUUCAAAAAUUGUAGAAGUCAUAGAAGAAGACAUUUCUCCUUCAAUAGAAGAACCAUUAGAAGGUCAAAUAUUACGUCAUUUUGAGAAUCUUUUAGGACAGUUAAAUCUUGUUUAUCAGCAGGCCCAAGUCAAUAUCAAACAUA